GUAAAUAAAAAAAUGUGAGGGCUGAGUAUUCCUAUAAUCCCUCAUAUUUUCAAACUGAUAUCUCGAAGUACAAAGAAAGUACUGAACUUUAUCACUCUAAUCAAUCACACUAUAUACGCAGAUUUUAAUCUAAAAAACUGUUAAGUUUUGUAUUUUAGUUUCAGAACUAAAUAGUGUACAAAAUUCACACAGGUAAAAAUCUCUUUGGAUCUAUAAUACAGAAUUAGAAUAUUUAAUUCUGUGAUUAAUAUGAAAAAUUAAAAAGCUACCUAUGCACAUUUAAAAUGUGCUAGAUAACCUUGGUUUUGUCUGAGAUUAAUCUGGGGUUAGGUUUAUUAUACCUCUUAAUUUUCUUACAUGUAUGUUUAGGUUAAAUAGAUUUAUUUACGAAAUAUGGAAAGUGGUGAAUAUUUCGAAAGUUAUGAGGAUAUAAAGAUCCAUCGAUUGAUGUUGGAAGAUUCUGCCCGGAACUCUGCAUAUAAAGAAGCAAUUUUAAAUAACAAACAUGAAUUUAUGGGUAAGGUAGUUCUAGAUGUUGGUGCAGGAACUGGUAUUUUAUCAGUGUUUUGUGCUCAGGCAGGCGCAAAGAUAGUAUAUGCAGUUGAAGCUAGUGAUAUUUAUAAAAUUGCCGAGGAAAUUGUAAAAGAAAACAAAUUUGAGAAUAUUAUUAAGGUUAUACAUUCAAAAGUUGAAGAUGCAGUACUUCCUGAAAAAGUUGAUAUCAUAGUUUCAGAGUGGAUGGGAUUUUAUUUAUUACAUGAAUCUAUGUUAGACUCUGUUAUAAUAGCUAGAGACAGAUAUUUGAAACCCGGUGGCCUUAUGUUCCCAGAGUCUGCAACAUUGUAUGCAACACCUUGCAGCGUGCCAUCCAUGAACUCCUUCUGGGAUAACGUUAAUGGAGUUAAAAUGUCUUCUUUGGGCUCCAAAUUAAGACAACAGGCUCAUCAAAAACCACUUUGUGAAUCGUUAGAUCCAGAAUAUAUACUUUCUGAAUCGGAUACUGUGCUAUGGAUACACUUACAAGAUGUUACUUUAGAAGAAGUUAAAUAUAUUGAAUCAAAUCACAUAGCAGUUGCAAGAAAAAAAGGAAAAUAUGAAGGUAUAUGUCUGUGGUUUUCUUGUACGUUUCCAUCUAAAACUACGGAACCAGUGGAACUUUCGACGGAACCUGGAGAACCUAUAACUCAUUGGAAACAAACUAUUAUUGUUUUACCAUUAAGUCUAGAUGUCGAAGAGGGAAGUCCUGUGGCAUAUAGUUUAGUCCUUAAAAGAUCAAGUGAAAACAAUAGAAUCUAUAAUAUAGAAGUUACGAUGCUGGAUCCAUCUGAAGUGGAACAUCCUGAAUACUGCUUGUGUCACAUGACUAAGUGCAUUUUAGUUCGUAAAAUGUUUGAAAAGUAUGAAAUAGAAAAUAGUAAAAAAUAAAUAUUUGGUUGUUUUA